AUGCCGACCCCAAAGCAAAGAAAAAUUGCCAUUGUUGGCAGCCGAUCCGUUGGCAAGUCAUCCUUGGCUGUGCAAUUUGUCGACGGCCAUUUUGUUGAUAGCUACUACCCAACGAUCGAAAAUACGUUUAGCAAGACAAUCAGAUAUAAAGGACAAGAUUUUACAACGGAAAUAGUCGACACUGCUGGUCAAGAUGAAUAUAGUAUUUUGAACUCGAAGCAUUUUAUUGGUAUUCAUGGCUACAUGCUGGUAUAUUCAGUAUCGUCUUUACCGUCAUUUGAAAUGGUUCAAGUCGUUCGGGAAAAGAUUUUGACACAUCUGGGUACAGAGUCGGUCCCAAUUGCAAUUAUAGGCAACAAAAGCGAUUUAAGACCUGAACAGCGACAAGUCAGCGUUGAAGAUGGCAAGAAACUCUCAGAGAGACUACAAUGUGGUUGGACUGAGGCAAGCGCCCGGUACAACGAAAAUGUCGAGCGAGCAUUUGAAAUUGUCAUAGAACAGAUUGAGAAGUUACAGAAUCCUGGAGAGGCGCCAGAGAAGAGUAAUUGCAUCCUAAUGUAA